GCCUGAGAUGACGCACCCUUGCGAGUCAUUGGUCCCUUUCUUCAGGUAAUCCUCGGCUAGGGAAGUGAUCGCUGUAAGAUUCAUUACGGUUGGACAACUUAAUAUCUACAGCGAUCGGACGGCUGUGUAACGCGAGGAGCCGAGUGUCGUUCAAACGACGGUUGAGUAGCGCGUGAGGAGCAAUAUCGUCCUCUGAGAUAUGUUAGCUUGUUGACAGCUAGUCGACAAGCUAGCGUAAUUAGCUUAGCUAAGACACCCCUAAUUUAUCGAAAGCAACAACAUGGCAUGAUAGUAUAAUAAUUAUUAGUCGAUAUAUUCCCUUUAGGGGAUGUUUAGUUGCAAACGGAUGCGUUGAGCAACAUUAUGUGUUUUGUGGACUUUCGAGUUUGCUUAGUGCGAUAGCUGAAAUCAUUUUAGUAAGUUACCCAAGUGAUUUGUCAGUACAUAUGUGACCGUAUCUUCAAUAAUAUGUGGCAGGGCUUUACAGCUGAUAUCUAGUGUUGCUCAAACUUCCUCUUUGUUAGGGCUUGGCUUGUGGCUAAAGUGUACCAGAGGUUAAAUAUAUACUUCCCUACCUCUAUAUAAUAUCGGUCACAUUUUUUGAAAAUGAAAAAUUGUGAGUAUCAACAAAUAGACCCACGAGCACUCGGAACAUCGAACACCCGGACCUCCACCACUUUGAAACUCCCAAAAAACUCCCAGCGUCUACGGAGGAAAUGGGAAGUUUUCCCUGGAAAAAAUCGCUUCUACUGUGAUGGGCGUAUUAUGUUGGCCAGGCAAUGCGGUGUGCUCCCGCUGACCAUCGGCCUAAUUUUCAUCACCAGUGGCUUAUUUUUCACUUUUGAUUGCCCCUUUCUGGUGGAUCACCUUACUGUCUUCAUUCCAGUAAUCGGUGGGGUGUUAUUUGUAUUUGUCAUCUUCACCCUCCUUCAAACCAGUUUUACAGACCCAGGGAUAUUACCCAGGGCUUUGCCGGAUGAGGCUGCGAAUAUUGAGAGACAGAUUGAUAAUUCUGGAUCUUCAACAUACCGUCCACCUCCCCGGACUAAAGAGAUCCUUAUAAAUGACCAGGUGGUCAAGCUUAAAUACUGUUUCACAUGCAAGAUGUUCCGUCCACCCCGGACAUCCCACUGCAGCCUGUGUGACAACUGUGUCGAGCGUUUCGACCAUCAUUGUCCUUGGGUGGGGAACUGUGUUGGGAAGCGAAACUAUCGCUUUUUUUACGCAUUCAUUGUGUCUCUAUCCUUUCUGACCUCCUUUAUCUUUGGCUGUGUGAUCACUCACCUCACUUUAAUCAGGUUUAAAGCAGGUUUGUUCUCUGACCAGUCACUCUCAUCAACAGGAUCACAAGAUGAGAAUGGUAUCAUCCAGGCAAUACAGGACAGCCCAGCCAGUGUUGUCGAGCUGGUCAUUUGCUUCUUCUCCAUCUGGUCCAUUCUUGGUCUGUCAGGUUUCCAUACUUAUCUUGUGGCCGCCAACCUCACAACCAACGAAGAUAUUAAAGGCUCUUGGUCCAGUAAAAGAGGAGAAGAAUCAGGAAAUCCUUACACCUAUAACAACAUCUUUACAAACUGCUGUGUGGUGCUUUGUGGGCCGAUGCCACCCAGCUUGAUUGACAGAAGAGGCUUUUUACCUCCAGAUGACGCACCUCAAACAGUGACCUCUGACACUGAGCUCCCUCCUUUCAUGUCUAAGAAUGACGCAAAUAUGUGCACACAGGGCACAAAGGAGCUUUUAGAAUCAAUGGCACACUCCACAGUGAUCCAGAGCACCUGUGCUCCGGGCACACCCAAAACUGCCCCGGUCACCCAAGAGAGUCUACUACGUACCGUCUCUAUCACCGUCUCUCCCCCCAACAGGCCUCAUUCUACUGGCUGCUCAGGCCGCCAGGCCCGGCACCCCAUAGACGUUUCCUGCUCCCAGAAAGGGAACAAACGGGCCGCUCUUCACACCCAUAAACCCAUGUUGCAUGUACCCAGCACUCCCUACUCCCACGGCCGCAGUCCGCUCACUCUUAGUGAUGCUCCCGACAUGGGCUUCAUCCCACUGAACUGAGCGCAGUAUCUCUGCCACCAGCAGCCUUGUACAAAUACUCUCCUCUGUUACCACUUUGAGAACAGCAUCACAAUUUUUUAAGAAACUGUGACUUACUAUACUCAGGAUCCUCUCGGGAAACAUGCCAUCUUUCAACAAAUGGGAAUAAGCCUGCAUUGACUUUUUUAAAUAACAGAGGGAUUUCAAGAUUUUUGUUCCGUUAACAUCAACAUACACUUGGUGGAGAGAAACGCGAAACAUCUUCAGAAGAUGCUUUUGUUUUUCAGUCAUUUUGCACAAAAAUAUCGGCAGAUGAUCAGUGUUUUACAGAAACUCAAGCCAUUUUUUCAGCCUUUUGUCAUCUGCUUAGACCUAAUGCAAUAAUUAUAUGCUUUGAAAGGUCAAUUGGGUCUAAAAAAAAAGCCUUAUUUCAGAGUCACUUCUGUUCAUUUUGUGUGGUGUUUAAGACCUUUUACAAUAAAGUCAUUGGUUAAAAAGUAUUCGAACCAACAGCCAAGUGUAUAAACAGCAGUUUUAGGAAUGGGUAUCAGAGAGCUCAGGAUUAGAGGGGUUAGUGAUUUAUUUGUGUACGUGAUACAAUGUUACUGUUGGUCCAGGGAUUUUUAUCUCCUGUAUAAUGUUGCGGCUACCAGUGAGUGAAUUAACAGCUUUCAUAUUUACGUUUGUUUUGUGUCCAUUUAAUACAGGGGUUUUCCUUCAUUGAAACAUUUUCGGUGGCAUCCUAAUGCAAAUGUAAUCGUAUUUGAUGCAAUAUUUUUCCCUUAAGAUCAUUGUCUUCAUCUUGAUUUCUGCCUUUUUUGAUCCAAAGUGCUGAAGCACAGCGCGAACCACAGAACACAAAGCCUGUGACUCAUUUAAAUUCUACUGCGAGUUUUCUACUUGAAAGUACUUGGCAACGCUAUUGCACAUUUCAGUUUUAACUAAUGCAUUAAUUAGUUAAUGCAUUAGGUAUCAUGAACUAACAAUGAAUAAAUAAAAUGUUUUUACAGCAUUUAUUAAUCUAAUAAAUGUUCAAUUUUACAUAUAAUACUUUAUUACAUUUCAAGUCAUAUCAAUAAACAUUAAUGUACUAUGAACAAACAUUACUUACAUAUAAUUUAGAUAAAACAUUUAUUUAAAAAGCUGUUUUUCAUUUUCAUUUU